GAACCAAAGAAUAGCGAUUACAACAUGGGAUAUCUGGUAAAAAGAAUGACCUAUGAAAUGAAUGUACUCCUCAUUUUUUAACCGCUUCCUGGAUCGAAUAAACAGCAUGAACCACCCAAACGCUCCGAUACCCUUUCCACUUUUACAACUCAAUCCACAUUAUAUCCCACAUCUCCAUCAUUAUACCCAAAGCAACCAAGUCAGAGCGUGCGAAUGCUAACAACCUAUCUAGCCAAGAAUGGGUCAAAAGAUGUUCGAUUACUGCUGCACUCACCGCAAGCUGAACACUGGCCAGCCCUGCUGGGAAGGUUACAACGUAAAUUCAACGAUGACAGUAUUCACUCUCUCAAAUACCUCGAUGCAGACGGAAACUACUCGAUAAUAGCUGAUUCAGAGGAUUUAAUGGUAGCUGUAGAGUCCAUCACUAGCUCACGUGCAGAACUGCUUUGCUGGACCAUGAGAUAUGGAGAAUCCAUUUAACGCCUGCCCACUGAGAUAUUCUUUUUUUAUAUUGUAUUGUAAAGGGUGCUAUUGUUUUUUUUUAUUAGGAUGUUAGUUUCUUUGAUGAAUUUGUCUAUAGUA